AUGUUUAGUAGCACGUCCAAGGAAAAGAAGAAAUUGCAAGAUGAGUUGCGGGAGAUAAUCGGCAGCGAUGAAUAUCCCCACGUUCAGCAAAUAAAGAUUUGCAAUUUGACCGAAAAACAAUUGGUGAAAAUGUUAAUGGAAAAGCAAAUAGACAUUAAAUAUCCCAUUGAUCGUUCGUUGUGUGAAGCUCAACUUCUAAGUGUCGUAGAUGGGGAUACCGUUGUGUUAGUCGAUAUGGUAAAAAUUGAUUCCCUAUCGGUGGAACAGUUAAAAGAAGCAUUGGCUAAAGUGUCAAAACCUAAAAAAACGAUACGUGAAAUACAACAAGAAUUGGCGGAAAACUGUGGCUAUGGCAAUGACAUCAUUUGGGAUCAAUUGAGCAAGAAGGAUAGCACAAUUAUGAAAUCCAAAAUCAAACAACUAAUACCAGAUCAAGAAACCGGCCAAAAUAGCAUCGAUAAAAUGCGUGAAAGCAUCUUUGAAAGUCUAUGGGCUCAAAGAAAAUAUACAAAUGGAAAUUCCGUGACCUAUAUUUUUUAUGUCAUGGUAACAGAUGAGGAAGAUUUCGCUGCUGCACCAAAUUCUACAAAAUAUUCUUGUCAUCCGGUUUUUCGUUGUAGAAAAUGUGUUGACAAUAAUAAUAGCAGUACAUGUUGUAUGGUGUAUGUCGAUGAAACAGGUCGUGUUUAUCAAAAUUGGCAGUCGUUUGUGGAUGACAAUGUAUUGCCGGCCGGUACAAUGAUAUCGCCACGCCGUGGUGUUUAUAAUUUCUAUACAAAUGGCAAUGUUAUUUUGGAUGUUUAUUCCACACCGAACGCUAGACCGGGAGCAAAAGUUAUGAGUGCAGCACAAACUAGUACCGCUGUAUUGGGUGUGGGUGCUGCCUGUGUGCCAAUAGCUGCAGCACUUACUUUACCCGUUGCCGCUCCGGUAAUGGCCGCAGCCGGAAUAGUCGGUUUGGGUGUCGGUGCCUUUUCAACAGUAACAUCAGCAUUGAAUUUGAAUGAUCGUCGCAAACACGAGCAAUCCAUAAGCAUUACAGAUAGUCAAGCAAGGGCCAGUUAUUUGGGUAUUGCUGGUGGUCUUCUUGGUAUGGCAGCGGCUGGUGCUACACGAUUUUUAAAUCAUAUGGCUGCUGCAGGAAAAGCCACGGCGGGAAUUGAAGUCAUUGUUAACGGCAUUAAUAUAUCAACCAUACUUGUUUCGGGAACUGGCAUCGCCAAUGGUGUUUUGGAUAUAAUAUUUAAAUACAAAGAUGAUGAUACAAUUUCGACAUUGGAUGUACUGCAAUUGUCGGCUUCCUUGGUGUUGUUUACACAUUCAGUCUAUAACUUCCAGUUGGCAUCACAAAUUGCGAAUGAGGCACGCACAAAUUCAAUUAAAAGUUACCGUGAAGCUUUAAGUAAUCGUCAGAGGCGUAUUUUUGAUAAAAUGUCCAAAGAAACAAUACGUAUUCGCGGUGAUACCCAAGGAAAAAUUGAUAUAAUACGAAAUAUUAAUAAAAUACCAGAUCGUCAAUACCUGAAUGAUCUAUUCAAAGUGAAUAAGCGACUAAACGAAGCGAAAGUACGUCCGGCAUUUGGGAAAUCCGGUGAAGGGGUUGUGUUAAAUAAUGAAAUGCCAGUUGAAACAGCAUUUCUAAGACAAAAUGUUAAUAUAUUGGAACAAGUAUCACAACCAAUACCAGCAGGACAUUUGGAUAAUAACGUUGCGACGAACCAAGCAACUGCUGCACGGCUUUUCCUUAAUUCCGGUUCCGGUCAAAAUACCGCACUCAAUUUGGAAGAUACUCUAAAUGACAAUGGUGGUUCUUCUCGUAGAACAGUGGAAAUACUUGAAGGUUUAGGUGUGAUGUUACCAAGCGGCGCUAUUAUUGAGCUUAUUCGAUUUGGUGAAAAGUUUCUAACAAAAAUUGCCGAUGGUGAAAAAUUUCAAGAUGUCAUCGAAACCAUGGCUUCAAAACUUCCGGAGAAAGUAAUCCUUUUUGUCCUGGACCUAACACAAUAUUUCAUGGAAAAUAUAUUGGAUCAAAUUGUUUAUGUCUUACAGUUUUCCAUAUCUACAGAGUCGGUUUUAUAUCGUAUUCUUAAGCAUAUACUAACCAGAUUACAGCAUUUUACCUACGAACAAAUUUUGACAAAACGCCAGGAAAUAUUAAAAUACCUGAAAGAAUAUUAUUUGUCAUUAAAUUCCAAUAAUGUUGGUGCUAGAACUCGGUGCAGUAAUUGCAAUGGUUGGUAUAAUAUAUGUGAGUUGUAA